AGCGUACAUGCCAAACCCAGAAGCAGAAAGGAGAGUAGCUGUCUUAGCUUUAGCUAGUUGCUCUAAUCGCGCUGGUUUUGCAUCGCAGUCUCCGUCUCGGACUUACUUGACAACCCCCAGCGCUCUCCGACAUGUCAUCCUGAGUCGCUAUCUACAUUUUUAAUAUCGGUAUAUUAUUAUAUAGGUGUAUUCUAUCUGGUCCGUGCGUUUUUGCCGAGAUAACCCGAAUGUGAGCGAGUCUGAGGUGGUUCAGCCAGGGCCGAGUGGAGUGAAAAACUGAAAGUGUCGUAUGUGCCACCUGGAGGGUCAAGAUAAUGGCAGAUGACAAGGAUGUCCUUCGAGACGUUUGGUUUGGACGGAUACCGACAUGCUUUACGCUGUACCCGGACGAAGUCACAGAGAGGGAGGCAGAACCAUUUUAUCUGCUGCUUCCGAGGGUCAGUUAUCUGACGCUCGUGACCGACAAGGUUAAGAAGCACUUUUUGAAGGUGGUGAAAGCCGAAGAUGUGGAGGAGGUGUGGUUUGAAUACGAAGGCACGCCUCUAAAGUGGCACUACCCAAUUGGAGUGUUGUUUGACCUGCACGCCUCAAACACGGCUCUCCCGUGGAGUGUCACCGUGCACUUCAAGGAUUUUCCGGAACGAGACUUGCUCCACUGUCCUUCCAGCUCCGUGAUAGAAGCCCAUUUCAUGAGCAGUAUUAAGGAGGCCGACGCGCUUAAGCACAAGGGCCAGGUGAUCCACGACAUGCAGAAGAAGGACCACAAGCAACUGUGGAUGGGCCUGCAGAACGAUAAAUUUGACCAGUUCUGGGCCAUGAACCGUAAGCUGAUGGAAUACCCAACGGAGGAGGGCGGGUUUCGCUACGUUCCUUUCAGGAUAUACCAGACGCUGAGCGAGAGGCCGUUCAUCCAGAGGCUGUUUCGGCCCGUGUCUGCAGAGGGUCAGGCUCUCACCCUGGGGGACCUGCUGAAGGAGGUCUUCCCCGCGGCCAUGUGUCAGGACGAUGAGCCAAAGCGGUACCAGGUGUUGGUCCACGGGAUCGAGCCGCUCCUGGAGACACCCAUCCAGUGGCUCAGCGAGCACCUCAGCCACCCAGACAACUUCCUCCACAUCUCCGUCGUGCCCGUGGCGAGCGACUGAGGCACAAGCCCCGGCCCCACCCCCCACACAGACCAGGAGCCCGGCAGUCGACGGCGCCUCCAUCUUGACUCCCGGGAAGACUUACUGGAAGAAAGCCUGUCGCCUUUUCCCCUGCGGUCACGUCUACCUCGUCUCUGCAGAGCAGAGCCCUCGGACGCAGAGCUCCUCUGCACCGGUUGGAGAACAUGUUGACUGCUUUUAUUGUGCAUGCCAUGGGGAUGUAAAUAACAAAUGUUUGCUGUCUGUCGAUUUCAGUAUCUACACAGUAACGGAAUGUUUUGUCAUGUAACAAAGUAGCUUUCCAGCAACCGUGACAUGCACUUUACCGCAUCGGUGUAUGCGUGUGUGUGUGUGUAUGCGUGUGUGUGUGUGUGUGUCUGAGGAAUUUGUUGAAGACAAUAAUUUCUUAUUACGUUUUGAGUUACCAGUUUGCUACUAGAGUGUAAAAAUGACAAGUUACACUAAGAUAUUGACAUCCCUGGUAUGCAUUACCUUUCUCUCUCUCUCUCUCCUCUACACUAUAUCUCUCUCUCUCUACGUUCAUACCUUCUCGUGGGCACGUGUUUUUUGGUUUUUUUUACAGUAUUACAGCACUCUCAUAUCUUUCAUACCUGUCUGUUUCUGACUCUCUGGUUGUGACUAAUGUGCUGCCUGUGUGCUUAGAUCUUCUCCAGCCGCUCUUGUAAUUAUCAGUUUGAGUCCUGUUUGUCGUUAAAUGAGACCGCUAAACUGCUGUAGUCCGUGCCAAGAGUUUCUUGUGGGGCGGGGCGGGGCGGUUGGGGGGCACUUACCGACACAGCAUAUCCAGGGGGGUUAGGAGGUGUACUAAUGGAAUUAUGUCUUGCCUGUGGCAGCCACUGUCAUGAAAACUAAAAGAGAGGGAGAUUUGAGGCUCUAGACGUCCCAGAGACGGCCCUCGCCUCGUGUGGGCUCUGUCUUCCAACAGGAAGUGAUGUCUCAAGUCUGGGUCUUCCUAUUUUGACAAUUUUCUUAGUUAAUUAACUAAAUGAUUCAUGCUGACGUGAAGUAACUAACAGAUGACCUGCAGUAAUGUAUUUUAGGGCAUCUAUCUGCCUAGAUCACUUCUUUUUUUUCCGUCAUGUUGGACAUUGUCUCUGUUUUGCUGUAGCUCUGGUUUCUAUGCAGCGUGGGCUUGCCAUGUCUGAGGGUCCCGCCUGUCCCGGGCUGUGACGCAGAGAUCGAAGCCGCUCCGGAGGGCAGUUCGGGGGGCAGUAUCUCCCGGGGCCCCGUCUGUCGCAGCCUCGUGGCUGUAAAUGUUUGGAAGGGGCUGUGCGAGGUGGCGUUGAGUAGACUGGGGAGGGGAGACGAUUGCAGCUGAGAGUGAUUAUUCACUUAUAGGAAGGAGUGAGUUGUGCACGGGAAGGGGAGGGGCCGACUGCGCAGACUCUGCCGUCUCUAGGUCAGUCCUCAACGAUCAGCCGCGAAGGCCUCGCAUCGCCUCGAAAAGGCAUCCUGGGAUUGUUUGGGGGGGGGAUUUUGCAACUGUUUUUGUUGUUGUUGUUGUUGUUUUCUGAGUUGCAGCUUGGGUUCCAGAUUUUUGUAUCCCUUCUCCUCUUUGUGUCUCCAGAAAUAACACUUUUAUGCACCUCUGCACUCGGCUCCUCCAGAAUUAAAAGGUUUCACCCUUGAGUUUGGUCUUUCUUUCCUGUCUAACAGAUCUUCAUGCGUUGGCUUGCCUUUCUGCCUUUUGCUACACUUAAAAAUGCUUAACGAGGAAAUAAAAUAGUAUUUUGUCAUUUA